AUGGAGCGGCUGUUCGCGCUGGAGCUGCUGGUGGAGGCGCUGCGGGUGGCGGAGCCGGGGCCCGCGGAGCUCCCGGGGCCCGCGGAACACCCGGCCGUGGCGCUGCGCCUCUUGGACUUCCCCACCCUCGUGCUGCGCCCCGCCGCCGCCGCGCCACCCCUGCGGCCGGGGCAGCCCUUCCCCUUCGGCCGCGGCAAGCGCUGCCUGUUCCGCUGGCGCCCGGACUCGCUUUUCGCCGCUCUCCGCCGGCGCCCGCUCCGCGCCCUGCUCCUGGCGCUGCCCGCCGGGCUCGCCCCGGGACCCCCUCGCCUCCUCGGCAGCUGCGCCGUGUCCCUGGCCCCCGCCGCCGAGCUGCUGCAGCGGCCCGGGGCGCCCUCCUCCUGCGGCCGCCGGGGCCGCUUCGUGGUGCGGGACACCGCGGGCCGCCCCAUCGGGGAGCUGGUCCUGGGCUACCGCCUCACCAUCCUGGAGGCCGGCGAGGCGAGUCCUGCCAGCCCCCGCACUGCCACACCGCCUGCCACCAGCCCUGAACCCCGCGAGCCGGCUGAGCCUCCGCGGCCGCCAGCAGCAAUGGGGCAGUGGAAGCAUGUCGAGCCGCAGAGAGCGCAGAAGGACAAGGACCAGAGCCCACCGCGCCCCAGUGCUGGGCCCUCGCUGCUGCACCCUGCUAGCCCUCGACAGCCCCACAACAGCCUGGUGCAGCUGCCGCUGCUCAGUGCCUUGCUGGCGGAGCUGUCGGUGCUCACCCGCAGCGCUGUGCCUGCUGCUGCUGUCCACCCCCAUCUCGCCUGGCUCUACCAGGCCCCAGGGAGUGGGGACGCGGCCUCACGGCCGCCCAGUGGUUCCGCUGCCCUCAGGUCUGCUGAGACACCUGUGGGGCCCGGCAGGAGCAGUGAAGUCAAGAGCCCUCAGUUCAGACAAGGCUGUCAAAAGGCCACCUCCCCAGGGUCUUCUGGGGUUGGGAGAAGCCCCAAAAAAGCUGUACCCCAGGGAGAGUCAGCCUGUGAAAGGAACUGCAAAGCUAAGGAGAACAGACCUCCCAGAAAGAAAUUGUUGUAUGGACUGACAAAUACACUGAGGCUACGGCUGCUGCAGACCAACCCGGAUAAGCUGAUAAUUCAUGAAAGGAGGGAGCAGUACAGAAAAAAGCAAAUGGGGAUGCUGAAAGAGAAAAGCCCCUUACCCAAGAGAAAGCUGGUCAGAAAUACUGAAGAAGAACAUGUGUCUUGCAGGCAUUGUAGCACGGGAGGCAGUUCAAAGCGGAAUAAUCAGUUGGAUAAAAUGGUUCAGACUUCAUUAGAAAACAGUGCUCUCUCAGAGUCUAUUUCUGUGACAGGAGAUGUGUCCCCUGGGUUGCAGAAACAGUCUAUUCCAAGUCUAUCCAGGAACGAUUCAAUUGCAAGCAAGGAAGGUCCUUACAAUAUAACUACAUCCCCCUUACCGGAGGAAACCAUGUUAAAACCUGCUCAUGAGGAAAAGCAUGCAAAAGCUCACCUCCCAGCAGCAUUCCCAUCAGAUGCUAAUGCAAAAAGAAGUUACAAUGAUGCAAUACACUUAGUCCAUCAUAAAACCGUGGAGCAUGAUGAUGUGUCUGUUGUAAGUGGUCAUAAACUAAGCCCCAGCAGGAGUGUUGAAAACAACUCUGAAUUCAUAUACUCUGAUGACUUUGUUGCUAGUCCAGAGAACACAGUUUAUUCAGAAGAUUUCACCAGUGCUGAGUGUGCAGGCAGAGACUCGAAAGUUCUUGACAGCAGUCCUGAACCUCUGUGGCUUGAAAGACCAAAGCAAGAUAGGUCAGAUACAGAGCCAGAAUCCAGCAGGUCCAGAAUUUCAAAGACAAGUCAAAGAGCUCAAAGUUCUUCAGAUCUUGUGCCAGUUCCUUCAGCUUCAUUUCCAGUCCAGUCUCUGAGGAGAAACUGUGACUUUAAAAGCAGCAUGGGAACUAGUGCUGAAUCUGCUGAUUCACUUAACCUUGGUGAGAUGGAGGCAUCAUUAUUAGAUGAAGAGGAGAAAGCCCAAGAGAUGAGUAAGGAAGACAACAGGGGUGAUCGACAUAUUAAAGAGCUAUCUACACUGAGAAGCAAACAAGUUAAACGUGGUACUGAUCUGAAUAUAGCAAAGGAGCAGAUCUCUGCAGGACAAAAGCAGUCAGGAACUCAAGUUAGCUCUUACUUGCCAUCUAAAAUAUCUGAUCUUGAACUCAAUGUCCUGGAGAACAGUAUGUCAGACAAAGAAGAUGAUUUUCUAGAAAAACUACAUGGUCCUAAUCAGUACAAAGACAUCAGUGAACUGGUAAUAAACAAGCUCCCAGGAUACACAAUGUAAUUAUAGGAUUUCACUGUCUGGAUUAAGAUACAAUAUUUAAACUUUGUAAAUCAUGUUACAUUUAGUUGCGCUAUG